UGUUACACAGUAACAAUCCUACAUGUCAACAUGUAUUACUGCAAAUCUCCAUUUGAAAAAAUGCUAAUUCCACAACACAUGUUAAUGGUCAAACACCUCAUCACCAUCUGUGAAUACUCAUUACAUUGUGUCAAAAUGCUUCACUCCUCAUGUAAGGCACAUAACUGUGUUCAAUUUGGACAAUGUUGAAGUAAUCGAAUUCUUUUAAUUGAAAUUGAUUUCACAUUAAAACAAUAUUAACACUCUUAAAAAGAAUGACUGACAAAUGGCACUAUGUAUGUAAUUUAAACCAUGAAAUACACAAAUAACCAUCACUACAGUAAUCCUAUCAGCACUUACUGCUGCCAGUCCAUUCCUGGAGGCUAGGCUCACUUUUGAGGUGAGAUUCAUAUACCUGUUAAAUGGCUCAUAUUAUCCAGUUCAUGUUAGGCUUUCUUACUGAGAGACCAAAGCAUUACGUGUUAUUUAAUAGAAUGUAAAACCUUUUGUAUUUGCUGAAGUACUGGCCUAUUCCACACAGGCUGACUGAUGACUCACAAUCAACCAUUGAAUAGGCCUUUCUGACUAAUGAUGCAAUGUGUCAAUAGGGGCUAUAUGGUUGUAAGCACUUUGAGGGCAACCCUGUAGCAAUCAGUGAGCAACUGUCUGUGCAUGAUUUUUGUUGCUAAGUACAUUCAUUUUGCAAAAGGUAGGGUAAGAUAAAUUAUAAUCAAUGUGGACUUAGACUAUUUGUUCUAAUUAUUAAGUUAAUGUGCAUGUGUAUUUAUAUAUUAUGGGCAUCUGUUAAGUAUAUUUGAUAACGAUCUGGUUUAGGUUUAUCAUUGUAUGUGUACGUUUAGGUCCGUGGAGCACAUGGAUAAGACCUCUAACACCACCACUGACGGUUGGCGGGUACGCGCGUCGCGCGCCCCCGCUGCGUCCUGCUCUCCCAGCCACUUUUCCUAUUCACAUGUAAAUGAGCCGUCAUAUAUACCUAGUACACGCCCCCGCGGAGCCGCAUUAACGAGACCAGCCGGCCGCCGGGACUGCGCGGCCAUCUGUCCCACUGACGAGUUGUAACGGCUCUCUGGGUUGCACGCCAGCCUCCGGUCCAGCGGGCGUCUGGCAGAGCCUGGGUUAAACUCCAACAUGGCCCCCAUCCGUAAGCACACAGACGGACCGGACGCAGGGAUCAGCUCUGACAGAAAGAUGAGGAAACCUAUAGUCGAGAAGCAGAGAAGGGCUCGCAUCAAUGAAAGUUUACAAGAACUCCGAGUUCUCGUCUCGGACGCAGACUUAACGUUCCAGUCGAAGGUGGAGAACGCCGAAGUGCUGGAGAUGACAGUCAAACGAGUGGAGAGCAUCCUGCAGAACCGAAAUCAAGAAGUGGACGCCCUAAACCGCGAGGCCUGCGAGCGCUUUGCCGCCGGAUACAUCCAGUGCAUGCACGACGUGCACACGUUUGUUUCCAGCUGCCCUGGAAUAGAGCCGGCUGUGGCGGGCGAGCUGCUCAACCACCUCCUGGAGAGCAUGCCUCUGAACGCCGAGGACCGCCUCCAGCUGACGGGGCCGGACUUCCCCGGCGGCGGCGGCGGCGGCGGCAGCACUUGGCCCCCGUCCGAGAGCCCGUACACGUGCCUGGUGUCUCCGGCCUCCUCCACCUCCACGGAUGAUCUCUGCUCUGACGUGGACGAGACGGAUUCUGAUCAGAGCCAGGUUUCCUCCUCGGAGGAGGUCGAUGGCCAGGAUGCGAUUUACUCCAAGUUGGUUUGGAGGCCAUGGUAAAUAGUUCUUAAGAAGAAGUAGAGGGAUUAAUUUUAAAAACUAAUGACAUUGAAGAUGCUCCUGGCUCUACUUGGGCCUUUUAGUGAAUGGGGAAAACAUGUAAAUAUUUACUUGUUGAAUAUGACUAGACUGCAUAGCUGUCCCUCUAGAGAUGCAUUCAUUGUUUGUGUAAAUUAUUACUUUUUUUAGGAUUGUUUAACUUUGUAUUUAUGUGCCAUACGAAUUGAAUUGCAUGGGUUUACCAUUUAAUAAAUAUUUUUUGACAAAUA